GCUGCUAUGCAGACUGACUGGAGCCACGCUCAGACAGCUCCACUGUGACCCACAGGCCUGGACCCUCACACAGAAAAAGCCCUUUAGAGCUGAGGAGGGAGGACUUGUGCGAAACAGCAGAUGUUACACAGCUUUGUGUACUAAAGCGGAUUAUUCAGGAUGCUGCUAUGCAGACAGAGUGGAGCCACAGGAACUCUGCUGGGGAAGUUGGAGUAGCUCACACGGCUGUGCAGCUUCUGUCAGCGCCGCUGAACAGCUUGUGUUACACUGUUGGCAGCUGAAGCUUGUUAGUUACACUAAGUGUCGGAAGAUGAAGAACCCUCAUCCACUGAGUAACACCUGGAGUAGAUCCAUGACCAAAGAGCCAGUGCUGAUCUCUGUGCCAGACACAAACAAGAAGUUCAAGAGGAAGUCUCGGGAGCCUAAAAGGCUAGAGCCUGAGAGGAUGACAACCUACCCAGAGAGCGGGUCGGAUGUGGCCUCAGUAGAUGACAUGCAGACAGAGGCAUGUAAUGUCAGCAGGUUGGCUCCUCUACAGAGACAGCUGACGAUGUCACAGGAGGGGAUGGCCAGUACUACGGGGAUUCUGUCCGGGCUCCCAGAAGGCAAUGUGGCUCCAGCUCAGAGCAGUGCCAUAGACAUGAGAAUUGGCAUCAACGUGCCUGCCAUCACUUCCAAACUGUCCCAGUUACCCGCCUCUCCGUUCUCUAACUCUGAGAUCUCCCACUGGCCCACCGCCAUCUCCCAGCCCCUGUCCAACAGACUCAAACUGGGCCUCCGCUCCACUUUCCCUCUGUCGACAUCAUCCAGCAGCAGCCACAGCCAUUCACCCAACCACCAGGCCUUCUCCCUGGAGCCCCAAACCUCAACCCUGCCUGUCCCGAGAGCCUCCCAGACCUCCCAGUGUCACGAGUAUGUGGAGCCCCAGGACCAGUCACCUAAGGAGUCUCCCAGGAAGCGGGCUGGGGGGAGUACUGAUGGACCUGGCCGUUUCCCAGAGGUCAAAGCCAUCCAGCAGACCAGGAGGCUUCUGGCCAACGCCCGAGAGAGAACCCGUGUCCACACCAUCAGUGCUGCGUUUGAGGCCCUGAGGAAGCAGGUACCAUGUUACUCUUAUGGACAGAAGUUAUCCAAGCUGGCAAUAUUACGUAUAGCCUGCAACUACAUCCUGUCUCUGGCUCAGUUGGCUGAGCUGGACUACAGUCCCGACCACAGCAGUCUGAACUUUUCUCAGUGUGUGGAGCAGUGCACCAGGACGCUGCAGGCCGAGGGCAGGAGCAAGAAGAGGAAGGAGUGAGGCUGAUGGCGGUGGACCGGUCCAACAGGUCAGCCGCUGACAGAGCGACGAAGACGCAGAAUACUGGCAGGACAAAUGACGAGAUGAUGGUCAGAGGAAAGCUGAGGAAGUGGAUACAUGAAGGAGUGGAAAGAAAUUACCUUUUUUUUCACCACUUAUUAGUAACGAGCAUCAAUAAUUGACUCUGAGGUGGAGUUGUGGAGUUCUGUACAUAAAGGCCAACAAACAACAACUGACUACAAGACAGAGAUGCACAGGGACUUCAAGGAUCAGCCCUCAGCAAUAACCUCCAGCCAAUGCCAUGACAUGACUUGUUGCCUUGUCAGUAUGUAUGUUUACUAUUGGAACAGUCACUGCAGUUCAAGCAGCUCAUUCAUUAAGCUGCUGUAAUAGUGUAAUAUGUUUUAUAGUUUAUAAUCCUGUUAUAUUUCAA